AUGGCUGCAGUUUCGGAAACACUGCAGGGGUUUCAGAGGGAAAUCACCUGUAGCAUCUGUAGGAGCUACUUCUCUGAGCCAGUCACCACCUGGUGUGGGCACAGCUUUUGCAGAGCCUGUCUCUCCUGGAGCUGGAGACUUGGAACUGCGGCUUUCUCUUGCCCCAGAUGCAGGCAAGUGUCCCCAGUCCAAGAAUUCCCAAGACUCAAUGGGGGCCUAGCACAGCUGACCAAGAUGGGCAAAGAGCUCUGCUCCCUGCUUUUGCAGAGUACUGAAGGACAGAGCCGCUGUGCCAGACACAAGAAAAUCUUCAAGCUCUUUUGUGAAGAUGACCAGACACCACUCUGUGUGAGAUGUUCCCAAAGCCCAGAGCAUGGGGCUCACAAGCUCUCUCCUGUAGGAGAGGCUGCUCACAAUUUCAGGAAGAAGCUCCAGGUCCUUCAGAGUCGAUUGAGGAAACAUUUUGAGGAAGCUGAGGAACUUCUUGAUCAGGAGGAGAGACCUGCUGUUGACUGGCACUUGGUGAUCACAGGAGAAUAUAAGAAGCUGCACCACUUCCUGAUGGAGGAAGAAUCCCGCUGUCUUGGAAAGAUCAAAGAAGAGGAAAGGGCAAGCCAGGACAAGCUAUCCCAGCAUAGGGAAGCCAUCCAGGACCUCAUGCUAGUUCUGCAGGAAGCAGCCUACCAACCCAAUUUGGAUCUGCUACAGGAAGCCAAGGAGCUGCUGGGGAUGUGUGAGUCAGUGCUGUCCAAAAGGGCCAAGGCUGUCAGCCUAGACCUCAGAGCAUACCCCAUCCCUGGCAUGAUCGAGAUGCUCAGACGAUUCCAAGUGGACAUCACAAUGGAUCCCACAGCAGCCAGUCCCUGUGUUAUUAUUUCUGAGGAUCUGAAGAGUGUGAAAGCUGGAGAAGGCUGGCAGGUGCAGACCAAGCAUCCUGACAACUCUGCUGUCCAUGCUGUCCUUGCUGAGCAGGCCUUCAGCUCAGGCAGACAGUACUGGGAAGUGGAUGUGACUCAACUACCUCAGUGGAUACUGGGCAUCUAUACCCCCUACGUGAGAAGGAAAAGGAAGAGGAAUGUGGACUCCUGUGACUCUGUGUUCCUGCUUUCCUGUAUGAAGUAUAAAGAGGAUUACUAUUUACAAGCCUUUCCUGGAUCAUUGAACCAUCGAGUGAAAUGCCCUGUGCCCAGGGUUGGGGUGUACCUGGAUAAUUCUUUGGGCACUCUGGCCUUUUACAAUGUUCUCCAGAGCUCUCUCAUUUAUGAAUUCCAUUUUAUUGCUUUCACAGAGCCCAUCACACCCUUCUUUUCUCCUGGCCCCCCACUUCCAGGCACAAAGGCUGGUCCCAUGACUCUCUGUCCAGGUGACUCUCAUCUUCCCGCUUGA